GCGGCGGGGGCGGGGCCGAGGCGGGGCCAGGCUGCACCGCGCCAGGCAAGAUGGCGGCCAUGGAGGCCGAGUUGACGCUGAUGACCCUGGAGUCGCUGCCUACCGACCCUUUGCUCCUCAUUUUAUCCUUUCUGGACUACCGGGACCUAAUCAAUUGUUGCUAUGUGAGUCGAAGACUUAGCCAACUAUCAAGUCAUGAUCCACUGUGGAGAAGACACUGCAAAAAAUACUGGCUGAUCUCCGAGGAAGAGAAAACACAGAAGAAUCAGUGUUGGAAAUCUCUCUUCAUAGAUACUUACUCUGACGUAGGAAGAUACAUUGACCAUUACGCUGCUAUUAAAAAGGCCUGGGAUGAUCUCAAGAAAUAUUUGGAGCCCAGGUGUCCUCGGAUGGUUUUAUCUCUGAAAGAGGGUGCACGGGAGGAAGACCUAGAUGCAGUGGAGGCUCAGAUCGGCUGCAAGCUUCCCGAUGAUUAUCGGUGUUCGUACCGCAUCCACAAUGGACAGAAGUUAGUGGUUCCUGGGUUGCUGGGAAGUAUGGCACUGUCGAAUCACUAUCGUUCGGAAGAUUUGUUAGACGUCGACACAGCCGCUGGAGGCUUCCAGCAGAGGCAGGGACUGAAGUAUUGCCUCCCUUUGACGUUUUGUAUCCAUACUGGUUUGAGUCAGUACAUAGCCGUGGAAGCAGCAGAGGGCCGAAAUAAAAAUGAGGUUUUCUACCAAUGUCCAGACCAAAUGGCUCGGGAUCCAGCUGCUAUUGACAUGUUUAUCAUAGGUGCUACUUUUACCGACUGGUUUACCUCUUAUGUCAGAAAUGUUGUUUCAGGUGGCUUCCCCAUCAUCAGAGACCAAAUUUUCAGAUAUGUUCAUGACCCAGAGUGUGUAGCAACAACUGGGGAUAUUACAGUUUCUGUUUCCACAUCAUUUCUGCCAGAACUCAGCUCUGUACACCCACCUCACUAUUUCUUCACGUACCGAAUCAGGAUUGAAAUGUCAAAGGAUGCACUUCCUGAGAAGGCUUGUCAGUUGGACAGUCGCUACUGGAGAAUAACAAACGCUAAAGGAGAUGUGGAGGAAGUUCAAGGGCCUGGAGUCGUUGGUGAAUUUCCAAUCAUCAGCCCAGGCCGGGUAUAUGAAUAUACAAGCUGCACCACAUUCUCUACAACAUCAGGAUAUAUGGAAGGCUAUUAUACCUUCCAUUUUCUUUACUUUAAAGACAAGAUCUUUAAUGUUGCCAUUCCUCGCUUCCAUAUGGCAUGUCCGACAUUCAGGGUGUCUAUAGCCCGAUUGUUUUGAUAAUUUGUGCCUUUCAAGGAAUUUGUCCAUUUCAUCUAAAUGUUGAUUUAUUGGCAUAAAGUUGUUCACAGUAUUCCCUUGAUAUCCUUUUAAUGGCUACAAGAGCGAUAGUCACAUGUCCUUUUCUGUUCUUAAUAUUGGUAACUUAUAUCUUCUUUGUUCAUCACGUGAUUAUUACCACUUUUGUUGAUCACUUAAAAGAACACAACUUUGGAUUUCACUGAUUUUUCUCUAUGGUUUGCGUCCUUUCCUUUACAUUACUUUCUGCAGCUGUCUUUAUUUCUCUUCUACUUCCUCUGGGUUUCAUUUGUUUUUUUUCUAGCUCAUAAAGUAGACGUUACUAGACUUCACCUCUCUAAGCACUGUUUCAGCUGUAUUUCACUAAUUUUGAUGUGUUUGUUAACAUUUAGUUCAAAAUAAGUCUCAUAUUUCCUUUGUAACUUUGGUCCAUGACUUUUCUAGAAAUGUAUUAAUUUCCAAAUAUUUCAGAACUUUUCAGUUAUGUUUUGGUUAUUGAUUUCUAAUUUUAUUGUGAUUAAAGAAUUUACUCUGUAUUUUUAAUACUUUUAUAUGUUUUAUGGCUCAACGUGAAGAAUUUACAUAUCUUGGUAAAUGAUCUUUGUGUAUUUGAAAAGAAUGUAUAUUCUGCCAUUUGGGGGAAUAUUAUUCUAUAAAUACAGGUCAAAGUGGUUGGUUGACAGUAUUUUUCAAGUCAUCUGUAUUUUUAUGCUUUUUCUAAUCUUUGUUCUGUCAACUACUGAAAAGAUGAUUGUUGAAAUUUCCAAAAUUUUGGCAUUGUCAGAUUUAGUUUUAUCAGAUUUGCCUCACGUGUCUGGAAGCUUUAUAAUUGUGUGUAAAUAUGCUUAGGAUUGUUAUGUCUUUUUGAGGAAGUUCUUCUUUUAUCAUUCUCUCUCUUCAUCUCUGAUACCAUUCCUUGUCCUAAAGUUUAAAGGGCACUGAGGUUUGUUUAGGCAGGGAGUGGAGCUCCUGUUGGGUCAGCUUGAUCCUUUUGAGGCUGGUUUUCACACUAGCGCAGGUAGAAAAGUGUCUUUAGUUAACAGUGGUUCUCAAGCAUUCCAGUCCCAUGGUCCCCAUGGAUGUUUAAAACUUACUGAGGAAUCCAAAGAAUUCUUGUUUACAUGGCUGUAUCAGUACUUGCCAUAUUAGAAUUUAAAGCUGAGAAGUUGGAUAAUAUAUACUUAACAAUUCCUUUUAAUAUCACAGUAAAUAACCCUGUUUAUAUGUUCAGCCCUCUCUUAAUUAUGUAUUUAUUAGAGUUUAGCUUUCUCCUAGCCACAAGUAAACAUAUAAAAUCUUGACCUGCCUUAAAAUGUCUUCUCUCAAGCUGAGAAAUCAAUAAACAGAAAAGAGAAUUCUGGACUUCUAAUCAACAUAAAAAAAGGCACUGGGGGUUGUAUUUGUCAAUUUGUUGCCUAUUCCUAUAUUUUCUUGGCAUGGAAAUUGACUCGUUCUCCUACUUUGUCCUCUACCAGUAUGCUUUCAUACUUCCUUUCUCUUUGUACUUUGCCACUUCAGAAUACACCCUUUGGUUAGUCACGUGCCUUUUCCCGGUCCAGUGGGCUCGUUCGUUGUGCUUGUUUGACGGCCCGGUAGAGGCUCCUGCUGCUUACUUAUUUCCGUCCUUGUUCUGUGUUCCUUUCUCCACCUGCUGUGAGUGUGUAAAUUCUGUCUCUCUCUCCCUGUUGUUAGACGCUGAUUCCUCCAACAGUUUUCUUCAUUAACAUAAUUAAUAUCCAGACCACCUGGACAUCAUAUUUUAGCAUGUCCAAAGUCUUUGCCUUCUCACCUCUUGGACCUCUUACUGAACCUUAAAGCCUUCAUUCCUUAAUUAAAAAAAUUAUUUCCAAAGAUACAAGCAAUGGAGUAUCUCUAAUUAUCUAAUUAUACUCUCUAAUUAUCAUUGUUGUGUUAUAAUAAAUUCUGAGCAGCACAAUUUUCUUUCUUUUACAUUAAUUCAUUUGUUCUUCCAACAAAUAUUUGAGUGCUGUAGAAACAGUACGAUCGAAACCUGUCUUGGAAUUUAUGUUCUAACUGAAAGAGACAAACUGUAACAAAUGCUAUAUACUCAUGCCAGAUAGUAAGAAGUACUAAAAGUACAGGAGAAGAGCAGCGUCUUGUUGGGUUCUCAUAGAAAGACGUGUGAGAACAGGCCGCGGUGCCAUGUAAGCUGAGGUACAGAAGCACCGGGGGGAGCCGGGGGGACACCUGGGAGAAGAGUGUUUGGCGGAAGCAGCAAGUGCCGAGGUCCGGACACAGGAGUGGGCUUGGUUUGAAACAGGAGGCCGGUGUAGCAGGGGUGCAGCCAGUGAGCGGGAGAGCGGCUGGAGGUGAGGUUAGAGGCACGGUGGGUGCUGGGUAAGUGUGGUGUCAUAAAAGCCUUGGUAGAAGGGCUUUUGCUGACAUUCUGCUCUGUGUCCCAGUGCUUCUCAGAUUACCAGCUAGGUCCCACGUAGCUGCUCUUCUCACUGAGUCUUUAAUUGUGUGGGAAAGAAAACUGGCAGGGCAUGAGGGGAAGGUGUGAUUAGACAGUGCUAACCGGAACUAAAGUUUCUAAGAGAUGCUCAGAUGUCUUGUGUUCAGUACCACUGCGUCCUCUUCUAGAGCCUCCAACAAGUGAAUUUAGGGCCGAGGAUGUAGCUGAGUGGCACAGCGCCUACCUGGCAAGCAUGAGGUCGUGAGUUUGAUUCCCGGUACCAAAAAGCAAACAAACAAGUGAAUUUAAGUAGAGGCUACCUUUGCCCUACACUGUGGACUGAUAUUAGUGACUCUAGUGCGUUAGCUAAGUGACACUGAUUCUGAGGCUAAGUUAGGAAAAGGCAAUGUGCCUUCAGCCUAGCUCUCUCUCCUGGAAUGUGCCUUUGGUGUCCUGAGCCACCUACCAUGUAAGAAGUCCAGCUACCUUGAAGCCGCCAUGCUGGAGAGACCGUGUAGAGAUGCUACGUAGCGACAAAAGGAGGUGUGCAGCUGUUUCAGUCCCCAGAUGCGUGGAUCCUCCCAGCCCUGGUACCAGGCUUGUGAGUGAAGACUCCCUUGAGAUGAUGCCCGUUCCAGCCAUCCGAAGGCAACAUCAUGAGAGACCUCAAGCCAGAACCGCUCCCCCAUUAAGUUCUCCCCAAAUACCCAACCGCAAGAACCAGGAGAGACAAUAAAUGACUGUUGUUUGAGCCACUGAAACAAUAAAAAUAAUUUUUUUUAAAGUAGA